AAACUUUAUUGUGGUGAUGGCUUUGGACUUUUUGUAGUGAUCCAAAAGAGAGAGAGAGAGAGAGAGAGAGAGAGAGAGAGAGAGGGCAUUAAAUGAAUCUUUUAAGAAAUCUUUGUUGCUGUUGUUGUGAAUGCAUGGUGUGUCGGUUAAGGACUUGUUUGGUUGUUGCUGUUGUUGUUGGUUGUGCUUGAAUGGGUCUUUGUUGAGACAAAAAGAUGACAAGAGAGUGAAGGAAAAGCAAAAUCAUCAUCAAAUUCUUGAUGGGUUAUGAUUUUUUUUUUCUACUAUGGUUUAGUUUUCGAUCAAAGAUCCAUUUUUUCUGCUAAAUUCCGCAGAGAUUUUCUUGUUUAGAGUUAGUUACUGAUAUUUUUGGGGGGAGAGAGAGAGAGAGCACUUGUGAACUCAAGCGCCAUAUGUACUGUAAGCAUAGAGUUAGGGUUUUUAAUUUGGAAGUAAGGGUUGUUCUGCUACAAUAUUGAAUAAUCAGAGAGCUUCAAGUGAUAAACUUGGAGAAAAUGAGAGUUGUUUUGUUAAAUUUCUUGUGACGAGGCCGUAAUUUAUCGAAUUUUUAGUUUAGGGUGUGGAUUUUUGUAAUUGAAGAUCAGCAGUGAAGAUUUGUGUAAAACUUGAGGUUUUCUUGGGAGAAAUUCAGAGGAGUCUUCCAACAGAAAUAAUUUUUCCGGAUUUGAAGAACAGUACGAGGCUGGAACAUUCUGAUUUUCAGCUGUGUUUGGACACAUUAAUAUGCCUUUUCUGGUUUUCUUGGUGUUGCUGAGUAGAGAUAAAGAGCAUUUACUGUGAAAUGAUGAAGAAUUAGGGAAAAUCAUCUAAAGAACGUGGUUUUUAUGCAUUUUAGAGUUGUUUGAUUGGUGUUGUAUAAUCUGUCAAUUUGAGUCGAGAUGAUUACUUUCAUGGAAUCAAAAGAUAAAAUGAAGGAAACUGAUAAAUGCUUAGACUCUCAAUUGUGGCAUGCCUGUGCCGGGAGUAUGGUACAAAUGCCACCGGUGAAUUCGAAAGUGUUUUACUUCCCUCAGGGUCACGCAGAGCACGCGUUUGGGAAUGUCGAUUUUAGGAGUUUACCUAGGGUUCUGGCAUAUAUUCCUUGUAGAGUUUCCGUUAUCAAAUUCAUGGCGGAUCCCGAGACCGAUGAGGUUUAUGCUAAAACUAGGUUGGUUCCCAUUGGUGAUAAUGAGGUUAGUUUUGAUGAUGGAAUUGUGGGGAUGAAUGGAGUGGAUAACCAAGAUAAGCCCACUUCAUUCGCAAAGACAUUGACACAAUCAGAUGCGAAUAAUGGUGGAGGUUUCUCUGUUCCUAGGUAUUGUGCAGAGACAAUUUUCCCUCGGUUGGAUUACUCAGCAGAUCCUCCAGUUCAAACGAUCCUUGCUAAGGAUGUUCAUGGUGAGACUUGGAAAUUCAGGCAUAUCUAUAGAGGGACACCAAGGCGUCAUCUUCUAACGACAGGAUGGAGUACUUUUGUGAACCAGAAGAAGCUAGUUGCAGGGGAUUCAAUUGUGUUUUUAAGGGCAGAGAAUGGGGAUCUUUGUGUUGGAAUCCGGCGGGCAAAGAGGGGAAUUGGAGGUGGACCGGAAUCAUCGUCCGGCUGGAAUGUAUCUGUUGGGAAUUGUGUUGUGCCAUAUGGAGGGUUUUCGGCAUUUCUGAGAGAAGAUGAGAACAAAUUUAUUAGAAAUGGUAAUGAUAGCAGCUCAAGCAGUAAUGGGAAUUUGGUGGGCAGGGGAAGAGUGAGGGCUGAAUCCGUUAUUGAAGCUGCAACCCUUGCAGCCAAGGGACAGCCCUUUGAGGUUGUUUACUACCCUCGAGGAAGCACUCCAGAGUUCUGUGUGAAGGCCUCGCUUGUAAAGGCAGCAUUGCAAAUACGGUGGUGCUCAGGGAUGAGGUUCAAAAUGGCCUUUGAAACUGAAGAUUCUUCACGAAUAAGUUGGUUCAUGGGUACCAUAUCCUCUGCUCAAAUCUCCGAUCCCAUUCACUGGCCGGAUUCGCCUUGGAGGCUUCUUCAGGUGACGUGGGAUGAGCCUGAUUUGCUUCAAAAUGUGAAACGCGUCAACCCUUGGCUGGUGGAAUUAGUAUCAAACAUGCCCAACAUCCAUCUCUCCCCCUUUUCGCCGCCUCGGAAGAAGUUGAGACUACCGCAACACCCAGAUUUCCCACUCGAAAGCCAAUUUCCUAUGCCCACAUUUUCGGGCAACCUCCUUGGGGCCAGCAGCCCCUUCAGUUGUCUUCCUGACAACACUCCUGCUGGCAUGCAGGGAGCCAGGCAUGCUCAUUAUGGUUUAUCUUUAUCGGAUCUCCAUCUCAAUAAAAUGCAAUCAGGUCUGUUUCCGGCUGGUUACCCGCCCCUUGAUCAUACUGUUGUACCCAUCAGACCCUCAAAUAACCCCAUCAUCCAUAGGCCUAUCAACAUUGAGAAUGUUUCUUGCUUGCUAACCAUGAGUAAUUCUAUCCAGACUUCAAAGAAAUCUGAUAAUGGAAAGGCACCCCAGUUCGUACUUUUUGGUCAACCAAUACUCACUGAGCAACAAAUCUCUUUAAGCUGCUCUGGUGAUACAGUCUCGCCAGUUCGCACUGGCAAUAGUUUUUCAGAUGGGAAUGCAGACAAGAUAGCCAAUAAUUCUGAUGGUUCUGGUUCUGGUUCAGGUUCAGCACUUCAUCGUCCUGGCCUAACAGAGCGCUUAUCCUCUGACGGGCUCCAAUGGUACAAAGACCGAGAAGCUGACUCCAACUUAGAAACUGGUCAGUGCAAAGUCUUCAUGGAAUCGGAGGAUGUAGGUCGAACUCUUGACCUUUCAUUGCUUGGAUCUUAUGAAGAACUGUACAGAAAAUUGGCUAGCAUGUUUGGCAUUGAAAGUUCUGAGAUACUGAACCAUGUGCUCUAUAGAGACGUGACAGGUGCUGUCAAGCAGCUUGGAGAUGAACCAUUUAGUGACUUUAUGAAAACAGCUAGAAGAUUGACAAUUCUAACAGAUUCAAGCAGCGACAAUGUUGGUGUGUAAAGACUAGAGAUAGCUAAAUAAGACUCGAAUUUCGAUUGUACAGCUCGAUGUCCUAAUGCUUUGUUCCUGACGUCUGACUCUUCUUGGCCAUGGUGGAGGAAUUACCUUCUCUGAGGAUUUUCACUAUGCAAUCUUUAUUUGAAACUUCCUUUGGCAUCAGUUCAUUCUGCAGAUUUGUUGGUAUUUUAUUCCCAGAGUUUUGUUCUGACAUGUCAUAGGACAUGGUCUUUUAGCUUAGGCUUGUCAGAAUGGAUUGUAUUCUUCUAAGACGGUAAGGAGAAUUCUAUGUUGGAGAGAGACCUUUUGAUUUUUAUGCGUACAAGAAAACAUGUUUUUUUCCUCUUGGUUAUCUUUUUUUUUUUUGAUAG